GGGAGGCGGGACUUCCUGUAUGGAGCCGCGCCUUAAAAACGAAAAGACUCUCACACACUCUCGUACUUGACAGUCUGUGAACACUCUUAGGACACUCUCAGUGGACGCUACGCCCGGAAACACUUUUCCAGUUUGACGCUUCUUGUGUCAGGCCUAAUUUUUUUGGCUGAAUGCCCCAGGAGCACACUCAUACACAGGCUGCAGUUGUGUCCCCGGCCUGCAGGGCGGCAGCAGAGAGGCGGUGUGUUGGCAUGAGUGACUUCUGGCACAAGAUGGGAUGCUGCGUGGUCGCCAAACCACCACCGAAGAAGAGGAGAAGGAAGAUUGAUCGCAGUAUGAUCGGAGAACCAACCAACUUCAUGCACCUGACACACAUUGGCUCUGGAGAAAUGGCAGACGGUCUACAGCCUUCAGGCACGGUUCAGGAGCAGAUGAGGUCCAAAGGUCCAAACAUGAAUGGCAGGAACAGUCUCCUAUAGCCGGACUGACACCACCUCCCUCUCCUCCGCCAGCGGCGGACCCUCGGAAUCCCGGUGUGACGUGCUGCUUUCGGGGCAGUCGCAGGGGGGCCAUUAUGGCCAUGAGACAAGCAGGACUUCAUGUCUCAGCGUGCCGUGCUCUACUUCCUGGUUCCAUGACAUGCCCUCCAUGUGAGCACUCUCACCACUAGAGGGCAGACAGGAAGAAGAUUGAAGCGUGACGUCACUGGAGUCCACUUUACCCACAAUGCCUUUUUUCUGCUGCUUGACACUUGACAACUGUUGGUGGAACUGUACAUUCUUUCCUCCUUGUGCCAGGACGCGCACCGUUAGUCACAUGACCUGGCAGCUCAGCGUCGCAUCAUUUCCUGUUGUUGGUUUUAACAAUUAGCACUUUUCAACUAUAUUUUUUACAUCGAACAUACAAAAUGACAAUUUAACUUUGGAGUCACUUUAUUGAUCGUGUCGUUUGUGCUCAAACAAAACAAAUGUGCGUGAACUUUGACCUCCACAGAGACUGAACUUUACAGAACUACACUUCAUGUUUGCUUACAUAAUGCCGUCCAAACACGUUAGCUCCACCCACUCGUUAUGUAAUAAAUGUGAUAUUCCCUGCA